AUGGAAGUCUCGUCAGAGAACUUCUGGCGGCAGCUGCCAAAUAUUCUGCUGUCCAUCGCGAAGUCCGACUUCGUUGCCAUCGAUCUCGAGAUGACCGGCAUCACGGACAAGAGCUCGGCAGACCACUCAGAAAACCCAACCAACCAGCAAAUCUAUGAAUCGGCCAAGAAGAUUGCAUCCAAGUUCAACGUCUUUGAGAUGGGGAUGACGUGUAUCCAAAGCCAGUCAGACGGCUCAUACAAAACCGAGACCUAUAGUUUCACUGUCAGCCCCUACCUGCACACAGAAACGCGAGCUGAUGAAAAGUUCGUCAAAGGCUUGGAUAGGAGCCUUUCUGUAUCAUACAACACUCUCAAGUUUCUUCGAUCGGAAGGCAUCCGGCUGGAGAAGGUCUAUGAGGACUGCGUUCCGUACCUCAGCCGCGAAGAGGCACGCUUGGCAGUUCGACAGAUGCAGCGCCGACAAGAUCCUUGGGACGCCAAAGAUCAUGGAUACAACGAGGACGACGAAGGUCUGACUACGUUUUCCAUUUAUGCCCAUAACACGAUUCGAACUCUAGAGAUCAAUGUCCUCUUACCCAACUCUGAUAGUAAGAAACGUAUGAGCGUCUACGAACAGAUCGUUCGUAGAAAGGCCCGAAAGCUUGUGCCACGAAUGGUUUGCCGUCUUUGGAAUCAUGGCACAACCGUGGUUAUCUCUCAGCGGGACGAUGGACAAGAAGCCAAGAGGCGUGAGUCUCUAGAGGACGAUCUCAACGCAUCGUUGAGGAAGUACGCAGGAAUACGCCUGAUUAUCGAAGCCCUUGUCGGCGGCAAGUUUGCCAACCUCAUUAACCCCGACCUCAUUGUCGAAGCCAUGUCUGGCUGGCCUGGCGAAGCACAAUGCUUUUGUCUUGAGGUGCAUGAGCUUGUUCAUCCCGCGGCACCAGAACAGUGGGAAGAAUCUCCAGAGGAAGAAGUCGAGGGUCGCUAUUGCUCCUGGUGCUGCACACAUCACGACCCUGACACAGGCUGCUCUAGCACGUCCUUAGGUCAGGACGUCGAAGUGGCAUUUCAAACAAACUUGAUCACCAAAGACGAGUGCCUCUGUAUGAAGAAGCGGAACUUAUCCAGAAGCCGAGUUGAAGAUAAUGAGCUGAUGCCCUUGGUGUAUGAUGUUCAUUGCGAACGUUGCUACCCCGAUCUUGGCAGCAGCCGGCCUGGGAUCAACUCUUCCCCUCACCAUGACAUCCCUCCACAGGCCACACAUAUUCAAGGAGCUCACUCGGCGAGCCACGAUGGAGAAUCCUCAAGCAGUUCGGAGGGAGUGGCAGGUGGCGAGUUUCAAGAGGGCGACACUGGUACUUGGCAUAUCACAGCUGAGACAGCCGGCUGGGAUGAGCCGACUGGUUGGGACAAACUGUGUCACGAUCUCGAGGAUUUAUCCACGGAAACACUCAAGAAUGAAGUAGCAGAUGCUCUUCAGGAGCUAGAAACUUUAGGCCGAACGUCUUCGCCAACCAUUAGCGGACACAACCAAUUCAUGGACCUUUUGUUCCUUUACAACACCUUCAUCGACGACCUCCCCGACAGCUUUUUGGAGUUUUUGGUAAAUAUUCACGAAUUGUUCCCACGCAUCGUGGACACGAAGUUGUUGGCCAUCAAAGAUGAGACGAUCGAGGGCGAAGACCCAUUGAUGGAUCUAUACAAUAGGUUCGAUGGCAACAGAACGCAGCCAAGCAUCCAUUGGGAUGCAGCUUAUGGCUAUGGCCGUCGUGGAACAGCCCAUCAGGCUGGCUUCGAUAGCCACAUGACGGCAGUUGUGUUUCUGCGAAUUGCCCACAAACUCGCCCGCGAGGAAUCGGCCAAGCUCGAGGGCCGAGCCGCGUCAUACGAGAGCAAAGAAUGGAGAUUGUAUGACAGAGAAUGGCUAUCAGCAGUUGGAUACGAUUCACAAUUCCUGGGCUAUUCGCAAGACUCGGACAUUGGCACAUGGAGAGAGUCCAACACCCAGGAAGGGUACGUGGGUCGGAUUCGGUGGCAGAUGGCCAUAUUCGACGACAUUCGCGACCGAAUUCGGAUCGCCCCCCGCAAGACAUUUAAUAUCGGGCCCGAAUGGUGA